AUGGAAGGCGGAGGCGAGGCAAAUGACGGUGACGGUGCCGUCACCGAUGGAUUAGAAGUCGACGGAAGUGACGAUGUCACCAUUAACAUAUGGUGUUCUGGAGGUAUCAAGUUCGUCGUUCAGGUGAGCUUGGAUUCGUCUGUCGAAUCCUUCAAGUCUGUGAUUGCAAAAAGCUGUGACGUGCCUGCGGAACAGCAGCGUUUGGUCUAUAAAGGCCGCCUUCUCAAAGACGAUCGGACACUUCGGAGUUAUGAUUUGGAGGCAGAGCAAACUGUUCACUUGGUUCGUCGUCUUCCACCUGCUACAGUUGAUUUGAGUGAAUUUACAGAGUAUCAACAAAUACAGCAACCAGGGAUUCAGAAUCUCAUCCGCAUUAAUCAAAGUACGCUGGAACUGCUAAGCACUCAUCCAGAAGCUCUACGCAACGUGUUAAUGAAUAGUCCUCGAUUUCGUGAACUUAUGAAAAGGAAACCGGCUUAUGCCCGCAUAUUCAGUGAUCCUGUUAUCUUCGGUGCAAUGGCUGACUUUUUAGUCAUCCGUGAAUUGGCAGCAAGAGUUCCUGGUGGUGGCGGCGGCCGUAGUGGUGGUGUUGGUACUCGAAGGCAUCCUGCUGGGACUGAUAGGUCUGUGCCACCUGUUGGCUUAGGUGGACUUGCGAUUCCAGGUUUGGAACGAUUAUUUCGUUUUCCCUCUGAUCCCAUUGCAAGGAAUCAGAUUAUGCAAAAUCCGACUAUCUCGCAGUUGACUCAGGAUUUCCUUUCAAACCCACAGAAUAUGAAUAUGAUACUCAAUCCCAGAUUCGGAGAGAUAAUGCAAACCCCUGUCCUCAAUAGUCAAAGUCAACCGACUUCACCAGAUACCAUGCAGAAAAAAAUGGCAUUGCAUCAGUCUCCUUCAUACCUACUUGGUGAGCAACAAAGCACCAGGGGUGAAAGUCAAACGAGUGGAGACACAGGAACUCAAUCUCAGCCCUUGAUGAACACUUUUAAUGGAGAGAAGAAGUGUAUGCUAUUAACCUCUGACGUGGCACUUGUAAAUGUUGCUGACUCAGCAGUGGGCCCAGAAGAAGUGUAUGCUAGUGAACUUGCACAACUGCAAGCAAUGGGUUUUCAUGAUACCGAUCAGAAUCUAGAAGCUUUGACCGCCACCAAAGGUAACAUUCUUGCUGCUGUUGACCGCCUACGUGGCGGUCAAUAG